AGAAGGCGGACUGGCUGUGAAUAGCUUUUGGAAGAGGGAGUGAUACAGCAAACAGUGGACUAGCUAACGUUAGCUAUAACAAAGACUUUUCAGAAUGGAUUAACCCGUUUUGCGAGAGAAUUAAGUGGAUAUAUUCUCCCAAGGACAACCUUAUAUCGGUAAAGGAUUGCUUGUUUUCAUUUUUUGCUUCUGAGAAAUUCAAUAAUGCAACUCACCACAGUGUGUGGAUAGUGAUGGAGCUAACGUUGCACUUCUGUAUCAGCUCUCGCUUUGGAUGCUUACUGUUUACUCAGUUUGUGUUAUAACAAUUUAUUUUACCCAUUGAGAUAAUAUAGUACAACGACGAAAUGCUGGCUUGUAUGUGAGAACAUACGCGUCUGUAACUGGCUAGCAAGUCCAUUCGCUUACGUUAGACUAGCUAACAAGCUAGUUAGCUUGUUAGCAUUUCGGCUCGUCAACUGAUUGUCAAACGCGAGCAUUCUCCGUCACGAGGGGAGACGUUUUAGAUAUCCCAAAAAGCUAAAUGUUUGAACCUUGUCUUUAAAACAGAUUUAUUUUUUGUCGGUUGAUAUUAAGUUAUUGUUAAAUAUCAGUCUUUGUCAAAACGGCGGCCCUAACGAAGUGUAACGUUAUCCCCUGGAAUCUUUCAAUAUGCACCAUCCUCAUUCUGCAGGAGACUCUGGCAGCGUCAGAAAGAUGGCGCACCCGGCGAAUUUUCCAAGAAGGGGUAAUGUUAGCAACAUUAACACCGGCGCCGGGAGUGUUCCCACGAUGUCAACACCGACUAUUUCAGCUGUUAGCAAAUGCCACGUUCCCACUGAAGACUACCAAUCCCUCCUCUUGAUGCAGUCUCAACCUCCUGUUGGAUCAUCCUCCCCUGGGCCUCAGCACCCUCCCCACAGCCUUAACCUGCACUCCCAGCCACAGCCCCAGGCUCUCUCCUCUGGGUCUCAGAUGAUGAUGAAGAAGAAGAGCGGCUUCCAGAUCACCAGCGUGACUCCAGCACAGAUCUCUGUGAGCACCAACAACAGCAUUGCGGAGGACACGGAGAGCUAUGAUGAUCUGGAUGAGUCUCAUACAGAGGAUCUGUCCUCUUCAGAGAUUCUGGAUGUCUCCCUCUCCAGGGCCAAUGACAUGGCUGGGGGUGCAAGGAGCUCCUCGGAGGAGACGCUGAAUAACUUUCAUGAGGCGGACACCCCCGGGGCCAUCUCCCCCAACCAGCCCCCCCACUCCUUGCCCCAGGGACCCCAGCACGGAGCAGCACGGAUGGUGAACGGAAAUGUGCACCACUACCAUCACCAGAGGCAACAUAAUCAUCCUCAGCAGGCCCUGGCUCAGCCUCAUUCCUCUGACCCCCACUUUACCCCCACCUCUGGAGGGGCUGGGGGUGCCCUAAAGAUGCCUUCUACCAUGGAGGUACCUCUGGAGAAUGUUUCAGUGGGUUCUGCCAGUGUUGCUACUCAGCCUGUAGCAGCUGUCUCUCUCCCUGGAAUGCACAGCUCUGCUGCAGUAGCUUCCGUUAGCAUAGCUAAUCCCCUGACCAGCAAUGUUUGUAAUGUGAAUAUGUACAGCUCUUCCAAUGUAUCUGUGAUGGGAGGUGUUAGCACCAGUGCAAGCAGCAGUGGUGGUGGCUUCCCCCCUAGUGUGAUGAGUUGCGGUGGGGGGGUUGGAGGUUUGAUGGGGAGUAACUUUGGCAACCCCAAUGUCAAUCUGAUCCAACACCAAAGCUCUGGAACUGUGAACUCGAGCAUCAGUAUGACUUCUGCUGCUCCCAGUGGCUCUGUGGUGUUGGGGCACUCCAGUGGCACACAGGGUGGAGGAGCUGCCAUACCUCAGCCAGGGAUGAGCUCCUCGGGCAUGGCUCUAGCCUCAGUCCCCUCCUCCCAGCCCCCCCCAACCCCAGCUCCUGCCACCACUAGCUCCCGUUUCAGAGUGGUCAAGCUUGACUCCAGCUCAGAGCCAUUUAAAAAGGGAAGAUGGACAUGUGCUGAGUACUAUGACAAGGAGACCCCAGCUUCGGCCCCUGCCCCCUUGUCCUCUGAGGCUACUGCCCCUAGUGGCCGGGUUGUGGAGAGCAUGCGGCCGUGUGGGCCUGAGAGUGUGAAAGGGGGGUCGGAGAGGGAGAGCACCAGUGGGAGUUCAGUGAGCAGCACAGUCAGCACACUGAGUCACUACACAGAGAGUGUGGGAAGUGGAGAUGCUGGAGGCCCCCCAUUACUCCAGCCCCACCCUCACUACCAGGACUACUCCAACCCCCCUCCAUCCUUCCAGACCUCCCGCCCAGGUUUCCCCAUGGUGGUGUCCCACCCCCAGUCUCACCUGCUGACCACCGUGGCUCCCUCAGUCCCUGCCAGCGUUCACCAGCCUGCCCCCAUCAACAUGACGGGCCUCCAGACCACCAUAGGCCACCCUACCACUCCUAUUCACCAGCAGCCGCUCACCUACGCCCAGGCAGCCUCCAACCCGGCUCCUGGCUCAGCUCAGAGCCUAGUGGGGGUGCUCCAGAAGCAGAUGGGCUAUGCUCUUACACAGCAGCCUUCUGCGACUCCCCAGGUAGCCCCGGUGCACAGGCUGAGCCAGGGAGGGGGCAUGCCUCCAGACUACCCCCAGCCCAAGGCAGGCCUACCCCAACCUGCUGUCCCACAGGCCCUGCCUGGAUCCGGGCAGAUGAUGGGAGUCUCGCAGCAGAAGGUGGUUGGCUCCAUACCCCAGCUCCAACCCCAGGGUCUCAUCCAACAGCAGCCCCAACAGACCUCAAUCCAGGCCUCUGCUGUAGGAGGGGGGUUAAUGCCUCAGAUGGGCCCAGGAGGAGUGACUGGGUUUGGGCAGCAGCCACAAGGACACUCUCUUCCCCUGGACCACCAACAUCAUCAACAACAGCAGGCAUUCCCAAGCAAAGCCCAAGGACUUGCCACCCAGCUGUCCAACACUGCCCCCCCUAACCAGGGCUGUCUAGUCUCCAAUGUGCUUCCUCCUAACCCCCAGAGUGACCCCCAGAACGGCAGUGGCCUGGCCCAGUCUCACCCCCAGGCGCAGCCACCCGGGGUCAGCAUGCCCCAGGACUUCAACAGUGCCCAGGCCCACACCCAGGCUGUGGCUUCCCAAGCCAGUGCCCUGUACGCCAGCCUGCCCUCCUUCACCACCACCCAGCUGGAGGAUGCCCAGCGCCUUCUCUUCCAGGACCAGUCUGCCCUGCUGGCCCAGACCAUGGCCAAGCUGGCUGGGGAGGGUGGCACUGCGGCAGGCACAAGCCUGGGGACUGAAAGUAAUGCAGCCGCCGCCACGGCCGUCAGUGCCUUAACCUCCUCUGCCGGACUCUUCAAAGCCGUGGAUGGAGACGAUGAUGGGUGA